CGAACUAGAAGGGUGUUCUAAUCCAAACCGGCAAGUUCAUCGACGACGUGCUGGUCGAAGGCUAGGCAAGGCAACCUUGUAAAAGAAUAUUUACCGUAACCUUGUCUUCCCUACCCAGCUCUUCAAGCCCAUCGCUGCAACGCUGCAACAAGCUCAUUGUCCUGCAUACGGCCUAUGGAAAUGAGUGGGGGUGAUACAGGGGACUGCAUACGGCACACGUAUAGAUUUGUGGGUUCGAACAUCACCACGCUCACUUUUACAUGAGGUCCGCGCUCGCGAGUUGAGCCGUGCCAGGUACAGAGCCGAUCAUUAUACCUACUAUGUACUUUGUAAACAUCAGUUAAAUGCCUAUUGCCUGGUACGUAUAAGAACUAGUGAGCCGAACCGAUACACUUCCCACUUGGAGGGGCCUUCUCUCACCCUUCCUCACUCCCCGUUUCUUCGCCACAUUUGUCGAGGUGUAUCAAGACUGCUAGUGCGCCAAUAUGUACGGUCUUGGGAAGAUAGCUGCAGUGGCAGCAUUGCAGCUUUCCUCCCUCUACAUGGGAUUGGGAACCGCAAGCUCGCUACCUCCUCACGUGGAGAGGCUAAUCAGGAAGCAAGUUCCGGCAGAGCCAACCGGCGUCAAGACCAUCACCUCACCGGGAGGCGCCACAAUCCGCUACAAGGAGCCGGGAAUCUGUGAGACGACUCCCGGAGUCAAGUCCUACUCGGGAUAUGUAGACCUCGACGAACAGACUCACAUGUUCUUCUGGUUCUUCGAAGCGAGAACCAAUCCUGAUGAAGCGCCUUUAACCCUGUGGCUCAACGGAGGGCCAGGCUCUGAUUCGCUGAUUGGUCUAUUUGAAGAACUUGGCCCUUGCAACGUCACUCACAAUGGUACCGCGGUCGUGAACCCCUACGCCUGGAACGAAGUCAGCAACCUUCUAUUCCUGUCACAGCCCAUUGGUGUCGGUUUCUCGUACGCCGACGAGGUCGUUGGAGUUGUCAACCAAACCACCGGCUUGCCUGUCAACUCAUCUACGCCUGACGGCCGGUAUAGCGAUGUUGACCCGUACCGGUUCGACACCACUGAGCUAGCUGCCAAGGGUACCUGGGAAGUUUUGCAAGGCUUCAUUCAGGACCUGCCCUCGCUCGACGAGACGGUCAAAUCGCGCAGUUUCAACCUCUGGACUGAGUCGUACGGAGGUCACUACGGGCCAGCGUUCUUCAAUUACUUCUAUGAUCAGAACGAAUUGAUCAAGAACAAGACGAUUCCCGGAGUCGAGCUCAACAUGCAUACCCUCGGCGUAAUUAACGGGAUCAUCUCGGAGAGAAUUCAGGCCCCGUACUACGCCUCGAUGGCUUACAACAACACGUACGGUCUUAAAACCGUCAAUGAGACGAUGUACAACUAUAUGUUGACGAACUAUUACUUCCCUGGAGGUUGCCGAGACGCCAUCGAUCAAUGCUUUGCUGGGGACCGCGACACCCCAGACGGCAAGGCGCUCUGCUCUCAAGCUACCGCUAUAUGCCGUUCGUUAGUGGAAGGCGUGUACUAUGUUGUGAGUGGACGAAACGCGUACGAUAUCCGAGCGCAAGACGAUGCCAAUAUCCCACCCACCUACUGGAUGGACUACCUAAACUCGGCGACCGUUCAAAAUGCCAUUGGUGUUGACAUCAACUACACGUCUGCGAGUAGCCAACAAAUUUGGAUCGGCUUUGACUACACUGGUGACUUCGUAUACCCAAACCUAUUGCAGGAUCUUGAGAGUCUCCUUGCCAAAGAUGUCCGAAUCGCGAUGGUUUAUGGCGACGCUGACUACAUCUGCAACUGGAUGGGUGGCGAAGCUGUAUCGCUAAACGUGAACUACACUCAUUCGAAGGAGUUCGCCUCAGCAGGCUACGCCCCAUUCGUCGUAGACGGCGUCGAAUACGGCGAGAGUCGACAAUACGGCAACUUCUCCUUCACCCGAGUCUACGAGUCGGGUCACGAAGUACCAUACUACCAACCUAAAGCCGCCUUGGAGCUUUUCAAGCGCGUCUUAAGCGAUCUAGUCAUCGCCGAUGGAAAUGAGAAGGUGACUCCUACGUAUAAGAGCAACGGUACUGCCGAAGCUACGCACACGAAUAGCUACAUCACCUGGUUUACGGGAAGGCCCGGCGACUGGAAGUAAAAAAAAACUUAUUUAUAAUGUUAGACUUAAUGUGUUAAGCGUAAUCUUAGUAUUCACCCCUGAUUUCGAAUAUAUAUAAAGCAUCGAAAUUUACAGCGAUU